GGUGUGCCCUUUUUGGCAAGUCAUCAUACCUGCUAUUCACCCCGACCACCUCUCUUUCGAUCGGCUAAUCCGACUCGGGCCUCCAAUCCGGAUCCCUCUCAUGAUCCCUUAGAUCCGUUCCUUCUCUUUCUGGUUCUCCCAUUUCACUCGGUUCCAGUCCCAGUGUGCAUUUCACUCCAGACGCUAUUUCUCAAGGCCCUAGAAGCACGUACUCUGCCGUCUCACCGAGCAGAGCGCCAAGACUGUGAUUCCCAUGCUUGCAGAUAUCAGGCAUUGACUUAA